AUGGAAGACGCGCACGCUGCAGUACUCGACCUACAACCCGAGGGAAAUGGCCAAAACCACAAACCGUCGGUCCCAGACAAACGAUUAUCGUACUUUGGCGUCUAUGACGGGCACGGAGGAGAAAAAGUGGCGCAAUUCGCCGGGGAGAAUAUCCACAAGAUUGUUGCAAAACAGGAGGCCUUUUCCAAAGGAGAUAUCGAACAGGCCCUAAAAGACGGCUUUCUUGCUACAGAUCGCGCAAUUCUAAAUGAUGCGCGGUAUGAGGACGAGGUGUCCGGAUGCACCGCGUCUGUCGGUAUCAUAUCAAAGGAUAAGAUCUGGGUGGCAAAUGCUGGAGACUCUCGCACUGUUCUUGGUGUGAAGGGAAGAGCAAAGCCACUAUCUUUUGACCACAAACCCCAAAAUGAAGGUGAAAAGGCUCGUAUAAGCGCCGCGGGUGGAUUUGUCGACUUUGGUCGUGUAAAUGGGAACCUGGCCCUGUCACGUGCCAUUGGCGACUUCGAAUUCAAGAAGAGCGCCGAUCUUUCCCCGGAACAGCAGAUUGUCACAGCCUUCCCAGACGUGAUUACGCACGAGAUUUCGCCGGACGAUGAGUUUCUGGUCAUUGCUUGUGAUGGGAUCUGGGAUUGUCAAUCUUCUCAGGCCGUGAUCGAAUUCGUGCGAAGGGGUAUUGCUGCCAAACAAGAACUACAUUUAAUUUGUGAAAACAUGAUGGACAAUUGUCUGGCGUCCAACAGUGAGACGGGAGGUGUUGGUUGCGACAACAUGACGAUGAUAGUCGUCGGUCUCCUGAAUGGAAAAUCCAAAGAGGAGUGGUACGAGACGAUUGUCAAACGUGUGGCAGACGGCGAUGGUCCCUGUGCACCGCCAGAGUACGGCAAGUCCCACCUGGAUCCGUGA